AUGGAUGCAUCAGUUCCCCGUGUAAUAUUAAGCAUAGCAUUAGCAGCUUUGCUGCCGAUGGCUUCGCUAAACAGCCAUGAUGGCGUGGCCAAAGAGAACAUCCCACAUUCGCGACAGAAGAGGAUACUCUGGAUCACGAAUGAUGGCAGGUUGGCAUUACCACCUGGCACUACAAUGACCAUCACACCAUCACUGUCGAUGCCAUUUGUCAGGCAUCCACCGAAAGGAUUCUUGUCUAAUAUGACAGUCAGUUUUCCUUUUACAAUCGACUUUGACAAACUUGGUUUGACGGACAAUGAAAAUCCUUACGGAGCAUUUCCGCCUAUCUUGGCCCGAUCUAUGGGAAGAGCGGCGGUUUCCAUGAUGGCGGAUUAUGUGGGACAAUAUUUGGACCGCAGACGAGGCAAACGGUCUACCAGUGAAAAUGUCACCCCAGAUGUUGAAAAAGCGAUCCUCGAUAGAUUACAUGGAGGAGAGAGAGCAAUAUUAUACGGAAUAGCGGAGGACAUAUUUGCUAAUUUCGGAUUAUCAGGAAAGGAAUGUCUCCUACGAGCUAUAUGUGAAAUACAAUCACAUCCUCUCAAAAAUUUUGGUUUUCUGGGAGAAGUCAUGAAGCUAUUCUUUACACCUAGCAAGUCACCGUACGCAAGCCUAUUAGAUGAAUACGUAGAAGCCCAAAAGGCCGGGCAAUCAGGCGGUGAAUGCUGGCCGUAUUACCGAUUAUGUCCCAAGAGUAUCUUCCAAUCUUCUAAUAAAUAUUCGAAAGAUGCCGAGGACAUGCAUAGGCGACAAGAACACGAAGACGUCGAAGAAAACAAAAUAGAAGAUGUGCAAGCAAUGUAG